AAAAUAAAAAAAUUCGAGCCCUUCUGGCACCAACAAAUUAACGAGGCCCCUAAAAGUUCGACACGCAGAAAACUACGUGUGCAUGCACUGACACGUGUCAGUCCACUCAACCACAACGUUGCUACGUGUGCUUCAGUCUCUGCGCUACCUCUCCACCGCACUCCCCCACGAAACCUCAACCUCUAAAGAUGCACCCCAAAACCUCGCAACUGCAAUUCCGCAUACCAAACCUUCGUUGAAAUUAAGGCAAAAAGAAACAAGAUGAUGAACCUCUUGGCCUUAUCUCUCGUUGUGACUUCGCUGGCAGCAGCGGGAGUGUGGUCUCCUAGUCCUGAGAAGCAGCAGAAGCAUGGAGUGGACGUGAUAGUGAAAGAAGUCCAUAGAACGAUUGUUGUUGAGUAUGAUCAACAUGGCUACCCCAUUACCCAACAAAAUCAUGCCAACAACAUGGUAGAAGACGCUAAGGAGAAGAUCAAAGAAGCUUCCUCUCUCCUUCCAAAUCUCGGUCAAGGACUUUCACAGACAUCUGAUGGAAGUGGUGGGAAAGAGAGCUCGAGCCAUGUUUUUCCUAAGGAGCUCAUAUGCGAUGCCCUUGGUAAAUGCAAGCACAGGAUAACAAGCGCAAUGGGUAAGGCAAAAGAGACGGUUUCUGAGGUGGCACACGAGGCAAUGGACGAGACAAAGGACAGGGUACACGAGGUGGGUGAAGCUGCAGGCCAUGCAAUAGGUAAAGCCAAGGAAACGGUGUCAAAGAAAGCUCACGAGGUUGAAGAAGGCGCUAAAGAGUCUGUAAAAGAUGCCAUGGAUAAGGUGAAGGAGGCAAAGGACAUUGGCAAGACGAUGGGAGAGGAUAUAGCGAAGAAUGUAACUGAUAAAGUGGAGAAGGCUAAAGAGGAGGUGGUGGAGAAAGCCAAAGAGAGUAAGAAGAAGCUGAGUGGAAUAUUUGGGCGUGAUGCUGUGAAGUACGUGAAAUCGCCGGAGGCAAUGGGCGUGGUGAAUUUGCUGGGGCUCGCCACGGCUUAUGGGAUGUGCAUGUGGGUUACGUUUAUUUCGAGCUAUGUAUUGGCAGGGGCGAUGACACGGCAGCAGUUUGGGAUUAUGCAGAGCAAGAUAUAUCCUGUGUAUUUCAGGGCCAUGGCUUGUAGCAUUGGGUUGGCUUUCUUGGCGCACGUGUUGGGCAAUAGGAAAAGGAUGUUUUCAAGCACGGUUGAAAUGUUGCAGGCCUAUAAUCUAUUGGCAUCGCUUUUAAUGGUUUCCGUCAAUGCGCUAUACUUGGAGCCACGAGCCACCAAGGUGAUGUUUGAGAGGAUGAAGAUGGAGAAGGAAGAAGGAAGAGGAAGGGAGGACUUUACUGCUGAGCCCAGCCAGGUCUCUGAGGCGCAGCCUGAGCCAGUUGCUGAUGCUGCAGCUUCAACUACAACCAGCACGGCCCCUGCAGCGCGAGCAGAGCAGGAAGUGGUCAGGUCUCGGGUUUGUAGACUAAAUCACAAGCUAAAGAAGCUAAACUCCUACUCUUCUUUCCUCAACAUACUCACCUUGGUGGCUCUCAAUUGGCAUCUUGUUUACCUCGGCCAGCUUCUUCACUUGAUCACCUGA